AUGGCACUAACGGUAUUCCUCCUGGAUAAUCAUACCACAAGUGUUUUCUUGCCUGGUUCAAGUCCUGUGUUGUAUUUCAAGUUACAAAAUGGUUUGGCAAGUAACAUAAGAUUAUACCUACUCCAGUCUAACGUCACACUACUUGAAGUUGAUCAAAAAAACAACGUGACGUACCAUGAUAAUGACGUUACGUUCAACGGAAAUGUUCAUCAAAACAACUUCUCCGCAAAAAUUCUAAACUUACAAAGACAAAGAAACGGGACUUAUGUCUGUGAAUACACCAUUGAUGAUGGCACCACUAUGCGAGACGGCAGGACUGUUGUCGUUCUAAGAAAACCAAAGGCGCCGGAAAUCAGAAAUACCACGUGGGAAGUUUUUGGAAAUGGAAUAUCAGGCACUCUAACUUGUGAGGGUACUUCUGAUUUCGCCGGUCCACUUUUCUAUAAACCUGCUGUAGCAGCCAAUUUAAUGACUGAAUGGAUCAUCCCAUCCGAAAACGAUUGGCCAGGGAGAAACGUUGGUUACUUUGUAUCGAUCAAUGGAUCCUCAGCUAACAUAUCAAUUUUUGAUUGUACGGAAACGAAUUUGUUGCCGAUAUAUUGCAAAGUGUCAGAAAAGUCGCUUGUUUCGGACAAAAGCUUUGGGUUUUUCCCUAACAUUAUGUGUUCGAAAUUAUGGUCGGCUGAUGAGCAUGACGAACAUCGUGAUAAAACUAUAAAAAUAGUUCUUGUAGUAUUGUUGGUCGUAUUUGGUAUUGCUGGUAAUGAACAAUGGUUAAUGAACCAGAACAAUGGUUUUAUUAACCAGAACAAUGGGUUAAGGAAACCAGAACAAUGGGUUUAUUGA